CUGCUACUACAAUCACUCUCCUUGUUGGCCUUCCCCUCUCUUUUAAAUUCAUUCACUUGAAUUGUGAUAUGUUUAUCUUCUAUGAAUUGAUUCCUUUUCUAUAUUUCUAGCCUUUCAAAUAAAAAAGAUACACUUAAAAUUGAGUGUAUCCUUAGGAACCCAGUAUGGAACAACCUCAAUAAAAUUUAACAGUAUUCAAUAUAAAAAUAUAGCAUUCUCUUUCUCUUAUUAUGUACUUAAAUUCAUUCAUGCCCCAAGGUAUCAUUCUCUGUGAUGCUCCUCCCUGGCACAAAAUCACCAUUCUCCCUUGAAAUUUGUAGUUUUGUACAUGCAUUUAUAGAGACUAACAGGUCUAACUUUCCCAAAAAAGUCUCUAGCUUAUUAUCAUCUUCUUCAGGAAUGGCCAUAAUUAUCAUCAGCACCUCAUGGUGCUAUACCAAACAACUUAACAAGCAAUUCAUGGGCUUUCAAGGGAAAUGAAUGUAGUAGCAGYUCGCACGAGAUUCCUCAUGAUUUAGGCAUUAGACAAUUCUCAGUCUGUUGACGGUCAGUUCUCCGGUGAGCUUGAAUUUUCUCAGCAAGGAAGCAGGCAAUACAUGGAACUUGGGAGCUCAAGGGCGUAUGAUUCUUCUAAUAAUCAGAUGCACUGGUCUCUUUAAAUGGACUCACUUAGUGCUUAAUAGGUUUAUGCUAUGCACUUGCCUUUUUUCCCCAGUUUUGCUUGGACCUCUUUUUUGAGUUUCAAUUCCUGGCUUUUGACCUUGAAAAUAAAUUCAGUUUUAAGUUGCAGUUCUACUCCUUUAGUAGCUUAUUGGGUAUGCUGGUAUUAAUUAGGAAGAGCAAGAGCUCUUUUAAUUAGUUUGUUUUAAAUUUGAAAUCCAGAUAUUUAACUUGGCCUUGGAAUAUCAAUGGAGCAUYCACUUUUYAGGUAAUGCAAGCAGCUAGCAAACUUGGUAUCUCAAUUACUGUCAAUAAAGUAGGAAGUGAUUCCCCAAACACUGGASCUCCUACYACURUCUCUCCAAUUGAUGGGUCUAAAGAAUGGCAACCAACAUUUACUUUGGACGAAGAUGGGCUCCUUCAUCAGUUACGUGCUGCUCUUGUGCAGUCUCUUGAUACUGCUGCAUCAAAGUUGCCUUUACCCAAUCUGCAACAACAGCCUCAUCAACAUCCAUUUGUCCCUGCCAUACAGGAGUGCAUUGAUGCUAUAACUGAACACCAAAGGCGUCAUGCUCUAAUGAAAGGAGAAUGGGUUAAAGGUUUGUUACCGCAGAGCAGUGUCCGAGCUGAUUACACAGUGCAAAGGAUCAGGGGGCUUGCUGAAGGAAUCUGCUUGAAGAAUUACGAAUAUCUGGGGAGUGGGGAGGUUUAUGGCAAAGAAGUAGCAGAGAAACUUACGUUGCAAGUGCUUCGGGUGCUCACAUUAGUCUUUUCUUCAUUUGUUGUAUAUGCCCAUUUGUGAAUUUCAUAAUUGUGAUUUUGAAGGUCAAAGGAUUGACAUGAUCUUAUAAGCAUUGACAUUUUAAACUCUC